AUGGGUGGAAAUGAUUUUUGUGCAGUAUAUGGUUGUUCUAACUGUAGAAGCAACAAAGAUAAGCUCAUCGUGAAAGAUCAUGUGGGUAUCCUGAGAUGGCAUAGUCCCAAAACGAAAGCUGACAUGCGAAUUUGGGGAAAGAUGAUGCAAAGAGGAGGAAACUUCAAAAUAUCUAUGAGUACAAAGGUGUGCUCCAAUCACUUCACUGCAGGAUAUUGUUCAGAUGUGUGUCGAAUACCGACUUUAUAUAUGAAGGGAUACGAUCAGCAACUACCCAAAGAACGCCAAGGAGCAGUUAAACGAAGCAGUUCUAUUGACUUUGAAACUCCUGUGAAAAAAAGAUCACGACAUGUCACUCGAAAAUCAACCGAUGAACCUCAAAAUGAUAUCCUUUUUUCACCAACUCCGAAGGAUCAUGAUUAUGAGAUAAGCGAGGUAGAUAUGACUUCUCCACAUUCUAGAACUGUAGCUUUUGUCCAAUGUAGAGGAUUGUCGGAUGUUAAAGAAAAUGACGAUUUGUUUAAAUUUUAUACCGGUCUACCAAACUAUACUGUUUUCAAAUGGCUCUACGAUAAAAUUCAAUUCAAAGCAAAAAAUCUCCAAUAUUAUCGAGGAGUUGGGUCAUUUCAACCAAAGCGACAUCAGGUUCUGAAAAAAAAGAAAAGUGGCAAAUCAAGACAAAUGACCAUUGAAAAUGAACUUUUUAUGACUUUGUAUAUCACAGGCGGCUACAUCACAGAUAUUGGCAACUUGGAUGUUUUGCGAUCCUAUCCUAAAUGUUUUCAAUCGUUUUCCAACAUAGUUGGAAUUAUAGACUGCACUGAGGGCAUAAUUGAAAAACCAUCUAUUGCUAAAGGUCAAAGUCAAACGUACUCAUCUUACAAAUCGCGCAAUACUUGGAAAAAACUGCUUUGCAUCACUCAUGCCGGUACUAUAUCAUACAUAUCAAAGUCAUAUGGAGGCUCUGCAUCUGAUAGAUUUAUAGUUGAAACCAGUGGUAUGUUAGACAAACUCGAUUAUGGUGAUAAUAUUAUGGCAGACAAAGGUUUCAAUAUCAGUGAUCUCCUGAUUAGCAGAGGGUCAAAAUUAAUAAUCCUACCUUUUUUGAGAGACAAAGGGAAGUUUUCGAAAAGAAAUUGUAGUAAGACAUCACAAAUCGCGAAGGCUCGUAUUCAUGUUGAAAGAGCUAUUGCAAGAAUCAAAGAUUUCCGUAUCAUUCAAGGAGCUUUACCUUUGACUUUGAAGGACCAACUUGACAAUAUAUUUGUUAUUUGCUCAGCAAUAACGAAUUUAGGACCUGCACUUUUGAAGAUUCGGUUUGCUUAA